UGUCUACUGUCUAGUGUCAACUUCUGUCUAAUGUUUAUCCAGACAUAACUCCUGUCCAGUGUUGAAUUGUGUCCAGUAUUAGAUUGUGUUUAAAAAUGGGUGAUUUAUAUAUUCUGAAUACAAGAUGCCAUCUCACACAUACGCUGAAAGAAGCUUUUGAGGCCCGUGGGUUCAAGGUGAAGGUAUCCGAAGAGAGUGGAGUGUCUGAUGAAAACCUGAGAGGAGGGAAGGGGUUUACAGCUAUCUGCAUAUUCGUUAAUAAGAAGAUCGAAGCAAGACAGGUUCCUAUUCUGGUAGAGAAUGGAACUAAACUGAUCCUCCACUGUUCAGCAGGAUAUGAUAACUCUCCAACCGUAGAACUCAAGGCAGCAGGUAUUCGAGCUGCUCGAGUCCCCUCAUACUCUCCUGGAAGUAUUGCUGAGUACGCUAUAGCCCAGAUCAUGGCUCUAGCCAAGAACACCCACAUGUCCUACGUUAUGACCAAAAAGGCAGAUUUUGAUAUAACCAGCCUACAGUGCUUACUGCUGGAGAAUAAAACCUGUGGUAUUAUUGGAACUGGUCUUAUAGGUAAAAAGACCGCGGAGAAGAUUUCUGGUUUAGUUGAAAGAGUUGUGUGCUUUGACGUAUACCCAGAUAAAGAAUGGAUUGGUUCUCUCCGUAACGCUGAAUACACAGACCUGGAUACUCUCUUCAGAACUUCAGAUUUUAUUUCUAUCCAUGUCCCACUCCUUCCUCAAACCCAUCAUCUGAUCGACGAGGACGCAUUCUCCAAGAUGAAGGAUGAUGUGGUUCUAAUAAAUACUAGCAGAGGAGAAAUAAUUCAUCUUCCUUCUCUCAUCAAGGCGCUAGAGUCGAAGAAGCUGUGGGGUGUUGCCCUGGAUGUGUUCGAAGGUGAGAAGAAGUACAUCUUCCACGAUAAAUCCAAAGAAGGGUUCCAGGAGCACCCUGAUCUAGCUAAGCUGGCAACCUUCGAGCAUGUUAUUCUCUCCUCUCAUAUUGCCUUCUAUACAGACCAGGCUGUAGAGCAGAUAACAGCUAAAACUCUAGACAACUACGAGGCGUUUAUUGGAAAAGUUGAAGAAGAUAAAAAAUCAUUUAUAUGCUGAAGAAAAAAACAUCACUUAGUUAUGUUAUAGAAAAUAAGCAUUAGUAUUAGUAAGGUCGAAAAAUAUUGAAAAUAAAAACAACAUCAGUUGUUUUCACCAUAAGUUCUGCUUUGACGGAUAAAAAUAUUUUUUUUUUCGGCUUAACCCAUUUUCUUCAGAUUACGCAACCUAGAUGUAUUGUACUUCAAUGUUUCUUGUUUACCAUGACAGAUAAAAUUAAAUGUAAUUUAUUGUUAAAAUAAUAAAUAUAUUUGUUGUAUCGGUA